UAUUUAAGCAAGUUGAGUGUCUUAAUUUAAGCCACCGGCCGGAAGCUGUUCCCACUUCCCACGGCAGCACAAGACAAUGUGGGGCCUACUGAGGCGGCGAAGCCCCUCCGGGUUCUCGCCGUCGUCCACCGCGGAGGAGGUCACCGCCGCCGUCGACGGUUCCGGCCUCGUCGCCGUCGUAACCGGUGCCUCCAGUGGGAUUGGUGCUGAAACAUGCCGAGUUCUCGCGAUGCGGGGACUGCAUGUUGUGAUGGGGGUAAGGAACUCAUCUGCCGGUGCGCGUGUGAGGGAUGAGAUAGUGAGACAGCUUCCGGCUGCAAAGAUUGAGAUGCUGGAUCUUGACCUCAGCUUGAUGUCUUCUGUGAGGAGAUUUGCGGAGAAUUUCAAUGCUCUGAAUCUUCCUCUGAACAUCCUGGUUAAUAAUGCAGGGAUUGCGUUUGUACCAUUUAAGCUAUCAGAGGAGGGCAUUGAGCUGCAUUUUUCAACAAAUCACCUUGGGCAUUUUCUACUGACCGAUCUUUUACUUGAGAAGAUGAAAGUUACAGCUAUAGAAAGUGGGAUAGAAGGAAGGGUUGUGAUAGUUGCUUCUAACAGCUACAAGCACCCUUAUCGAGAGGGGAUUCGUUUUGAUAAGAUCAAUGAUGAAUCUGGGUAUAACAAAAUCUUCGCUUACGGCCAAUCCAAGCUUGCCAACAUACUGCAUUCCAAUUUACUAUCUAGCAAUCUGAAGGAGCAAGAUGCAAAAGUAACAGUCAACUCUCUGCAUCCUGGAGCUGUUGUCACCAACAUUAUGCGUCACUGGUAUUUCGUAAAUGGUAUGCUAUCUACACUUGGUAAAUUUUUCGUUAAAGGUGUUGAACAAGGUGCAGCCACAGUGUGCUAUGUGGCAUUGCAUCCUCAGGUUGCUGGAGUCACUGGCAAAUACUUUGUUGACUGCAAUGUCACUGAAUUAAAAUCUCAUGCGCUCGACAUGGGCCUCGCCAAAAGAUUGUGGGAUUUCAGUCUCAACCUAAUCCAUUAGUAGAAACUGUUGCAAGUGGUGUGUAAAGCCUAUUUUUUGGAAACGAACUGAAUCAAGUUAGGGCACUGAAGUGUGUGAAGAACAUGAUAAAAGUAUUUCUACAAAAAUUGCGAAUGGAGGACAUGUUGUUAAUAGAUGUGAAAUUUAUCCAGUUGUUCGGUAGGUGUGAUAUCAAACUGCUGGAAGACAGCCCGAACCAGCCACAUUUGUAAAGCUUGAAUAAAUUGAUUGGAUGUACUUCUUCAUAUGUUUGUA